AUGAAGCUCACGAUAUUGCUGCUUCUCCUAUGGACGUUGCUGUUAUGUCUGGCCACCAUCCACAAGAGUGGCUAUUGUGCCAUGUACGACAAUUGCGGAAAGAAGUCUGUGUUCGGUAGUUCGCUUCCUUGCGUGGCCAACGUCAAAGCAGUAGAACCGUCUGCGAAAACUGCUCAAUUGCUCCACCAGAUCUGCGGGGAUGACUUUGACACUUCCAAAGUGUGCUGCUCAGAAGACCAGGUGGUCAACAUGGAAUCCAACUUGAAACGAGUGGAUCCCAUCAUCUCAUCCUGUCCAGCCUGUAGAAAGAACUUCUACGACUUCUUUUGCAAGUUCACCUGUUCGCCCGACCAGUCCACUUUUUUGAACAUCACCAAAACUGCAAUCGCUGCCGAUACCAAAAAUGAGAUUGUCGCCGAACUUUCACAAUUUGUAGAUCCUGGAACAGCCAAAGACUUCUACAAGUCAUGCGCCAACGUAAAGUUCUCGGCAACCAACGGCUAUGCCAUGGACCUAAUAGGCGGAGGAGCUAAGAACUACCUGCAAUUUCUCAAGUUCUUGGGCGAUGAGAAACCGCUUUUGGGUGGUUCUCCGUUCCAGAUCAACUACAAGUAUGAGUUAUCAGAAGCCGAGUCUGACCUGGGAUUGAAAUUGAGACAGGAUAACAUCUUUGCUUGUGAUGACGAAACUUAUCGCUGUGCCUGUCCUGAUUGCUCAAAGUCUUGCCCGAAGCUUCCUCGAUUCAAGGACUUCAGAAAGAGAUGCACGGUAGGCAAGAUCCCCUGCUUCACGUUUUCGAUCGUAAUCAUCUGGAUCUCUUUAAUAAUCUUACUUGGAGGAUAUCACGUCUAUUUGGCCAAGUUGAAACGUUCCAGAGGGGAGGACGACUUCGACGACUUUGAUGUUACUUUGAGUCCACUUAGCUACGUCACCGUCAAGAAGCCAAUGUCGAGUUUCAGCAAUUGGCAUCUCAGAUUGAUCGAAAAGAUCGAGAACACAUUUGCCAGCGUCGGAUAUUUCUGCUCUUCUUAUCCAGGUUUAGUAAUCUCUUUCAACUUGGUAUUGACGCUAAUAUUAUCCUCUGGACUAUUCUGGCUCCAGUUUGAAACUGAUCCCGUCAAGCUCUGGGUCUCUCCACAGGAGCCAGCUCUCAAGAACAUGCAAUACUUUGAAUCAAGCUUUGGAGAAUGGUUCAGAAUCGAACAGAUAAUCGUCAGCAAUAAGAAUGACUCCGAACCCAUUUUGAACUGGAAUAAUAUACGUUGGUGGUUUGAAAAGGAACGCCAGCUCUAUUCCUUGAACGAAAACGUGUCGUUGUCUGAUAUCUGCUUCAAACCACUCGGCGAAACUUGUGGCAUAGAAUCGUUCACACAGUACUUCUACGGAGAUAUCAAUCAGCUUACUGAAGAUAACUGGAGAGCCAAAUUGAAGAGCUGCACAGACUCUCCAGUCAACUGCUUGCCUUCAUUCCAACAGCCGUUGAAAAAGAACAUCCUAUUUGACAAUGAUGACAUCUUUCAAGCGAAGGCAUUCACUGUAACAUUAUUGGUUAAUAGCAACCUGAAAGAUCAAACUUAUACAGAGUCUGCUAGCGCCUACGAGCAUCUGCUUCAGAAAUGGGCUCAAAACUUAGAGAAAGAGAAUCCACAGCUAAACAUCGCUUUCAGUACAGAAGUAUCUCUCACAGAAGAGUUGAACAAGUCUACAAACACCGAUAUCAGAAUUAUCGUCAUUUCCUAUUUGUGUAUGUUCAUCUAUGCCUCUUUGGCUUUGGGAGGAAAGUUGCCUAACAGAAGCCUUUCUAGUCUUGUCAAGACCAGAUUUGCAUUGGGAUUAUCUGGUAUAAUUAUCAUCUUGCUAUCCGUGACAUCUUCGCUAGGUUUGUUUUCUUUCUUGAGAUUGAAAUCAACCUUAAUCAUUGCCGAAGUAAUUCCCUUCUUGGUUUUGGCAAUUGGUAUAGACAACAUCUUCUUGAUUGUUCACGAAUUGCAUGUAGUAAGCGAGACCUUAUACGAUAUGUCCAUAGAGUUGAGAAUCGCCCAGGCUCUCAGAAACAUUGGUCCUUCGUGCCUUAUAAGUGCCGUUCUACAGGUGUCCAUGUUUUUCUUAGCCACCAAUGUAGAUAUGCCUGCUGUAAAGAACUUUGCUUAUUACAGUGCAGUGGCAGUAUUGAUCAACUUCUUGCUACAAAUGACUAUGUUCAUAUCAUUGCUAGCUCUUGAUCAGCAUAGAUUGGAGAACAACCGUUUGGAUUGCUUUCCUUGGAUCACAAUCGAGGACCAGCAUAACAUUCAUUUACCUGAAGGUGACCCCAACGAAGAAAUCGAACAUGUGGAGUAUAACUUCUCGAGCUUAAUUACCAAGUAUUAUGCUCCAUACAUCAUGUCUAAGACCAACAAACCAAAACUUUUGACAUUGUUUGUACUUUGGUUUGGAAUUUCUUUGAGUUUGCUUCCAAACAUCAACUUUGGAUUAGAUCAAAGAAUAGCGCUUCCCAAGGAUUCAUACUUGAUCAACUACUUUGACUCGGUGUACAAGUAUUUAAACGUAGGACCUCCUACCUUUUUUGUGGUCAAGGACCUUGACGUAACUGAGAGGGAAAAUCAGCAGAUGGUGUGUGGUCGUUUCUCUGCUUGCGACACUUAUUCGUUAGCCAAUAUUCUUGAAAAGGAAUACAAGCGGGGAUUCAAGUCUACCAUAAGUGAACCUGCUAGCAACUGGCUAGACGAUUUUUUUACCUGGUUGAAUCCAGAUUUGGACCAAUGCUGUAGGUUUAAAAAGACUUCCGUAUUCGGGGAACCAGAGUUCUGUGCCCCUCAUGCUCCUGAUCGACAAUGUCAAACCUGUUACGAGAAUCAUGAUCCACCAUAUGACAGCUCUAUGAAGGGUUUCCCCACUGACAAGGACUUUAUGUUCUACUUUAACCAUUGGAUAGAAGAACCCAGUGAUCCUUGUCCACUUGGCGGAAAGGCCCCAUAUUCAUCUAGUAUAUCUCGUAACGAAAGCAAAGUGAUUUCUAGUUACUUCAGAACUUCACAUUCGCCUUUGAGAUCUCAGGGAGACUUCAUUAAUGCCUACAAGAACUCACUCCGAAUUGUGGAUGAGAUCAAGAAGUUCAUGCCUGACUUGGACGUCUUUGCCCAUUCGCCAUUCUAUGUCUUCUUUGUGCAAUAUGAGAGAAUUGUAGAGCUUACCUUCACCAUCUUGGGACUGGCAUUGCUUAUCAUAUGGGGAAUUAGCAUUCUCUUGUUAGGCUCGUUUAGAACAGCCACGGUGAUGAUGGUGACUAUAGUAUCGAUUUUGAUCAACAUUGGCGGUGUUUUGUCGUUAUGGGACAUCUCAUUGAACGCUGUUAGUUUGGUGAAUUUGGUGAUAUGUGCUGGUCUAGCUGUUGAGUUCACGGUUCAUAUCACAAGAGCAUACACUAAUUGCAAUGAUAUCUACAACCACGCAAAUGUAAAGUUGCUCAAAGCUUACCAUUCCUUGUGCACUGUAGGAGGUUCAGUUCUUGGGGGAAUCACGCUCACUAAGAUCAUCGGCAUGUUUGUAUUGGCAUUUACUAGGUCCAAGAUCUUUGAGGUGUACUACUUCCGGAUGUGGUUCUCGUUGAUUUUCAUUGCUGCCGUGCAUGCUUUGUGUCUUUUGCCUAUUCUACUCAGCUACUUUGGCGAUGAUCACAAGACUACGCUGAGGAUUUCUGAUGAAUCCCAGAUUACCGGGGAGAUUAGCAACGAGGCCAACGGAGCGUUCCGUCGGUACUCCGACUACAUCGAAGAGGUAGAGAAUGUGGAAGAAUCGGAGAGUUAGUACUUCAUUUGACAAACUGUGAGAAUCGAUUGCAAAUUUUAAGAUUGCGAAAAAUUAAAAUGCCAGAGAGCAAAAGAAAACCACAUUGAUAACGCUAAGUAUCAACGGCUGCGAUAAGGGAGAGACGCUAGGAAAACGUGUUACAUUUUGCUGAUAGUAAUGGGCCAAGGUAUCGUUGGUACUGAUAGGGCUACAGACAAGCAGCAGAUGAAAUUCUAGUAUGCAUGCUGGAACCAAACAGCGGAACAAAAUCCGUUUUGGGCCCGUCAAUGUGGAGGGCCAGCCUAGGGGUGCAGCUUAGAGCUGAUAAUUAAAUGUUUAAAAGUAAGAUUGGUUUAGCAAG